GCACGGAGGUUUUCGGGACGGUGGCGGGAAGAUGGCGGCCCCCAGGGAGUGGCUGGGAGCGGUGGAGAAAGAGGGGAACUCGGGUCUUCAGGGGAGCUCGGGAGUGGAGGUGGUUUUUCCUUCUGAUCCCGCCACGCCUGCCCCGCUGUGCCCUCACGGACCCACUCUUCUGUUUGUAAAGGUGAACCAAGGGAAAGAAGAAUCACGGAGGUUUUAUGCCUGCUCAGCCUGUAGAGAUAGAAAAGACUGUAAUUUUUUUCAAUGGGAAGAUGAAAAGUUGUCAGAAGCUAGACUUGCUGCCCGAGAAGCUCAUAACCGAAGAUGUCAGCCGCCUCUAUCCCGAACGCAGUGUGCAGAAAGGUACUUGAAGUUUAUUGAGUUGCCCUUGGCUGAAAGGAGGUUUUGUCAAAGAUGCCAGCAGUUGCUGUUGCCGGACGACUGGGAGAAGCACCGCGAGCACUGGGUGGUGGGCAACAUCUCUGCCGGCCAGCUCGGCAGGCCCAGCCAGCUUCUCCGUCCGCUGGAGAACAAGAAGACAAACGCCCAGUACUUGUUUGCCGAGCGUACCUGCCACUUCCUGGUAGACCUGCUUCCUGCCCUUGGGCUCACGAGAGUACUGUGCGUUGGCACACCAAGGUUGCAUGAGCUGAUCAGGUUGAAAGCAUCAGGUGACGAGAAGUCUAACAUUAAAAGCCUUUUACUGGAUAUUGAUUUUCGGUAUUCACAGUUUUAUAUGGAAGAUAGCUUUUGCCGUUAUAACAUGUUCAACCAUCACUUCUUUGAUGGAAAGGCUGCCCUUGAAGUAUGCAGAACAUUUUUACAGGAAGAUAAAGGUGAGGGAGUCAUUAUGGUGACAGAUCCUCCUUUUGGUGGCUUGGUUGAACCUCUGGCUGUUACAUUCAAGAAGUUAAUUGCUAUGUGGAAAGAAGGUCAAAGCCAAGAUAGCAGUCACAAAGAACUACCUGUAUUCUGGAUUUUCCCCUAUUUUUUUGAAUCCCGAAUUCGUCAGUUUUUUCCAAGCUUCUGCAUGCUGGAUUACCAGGUAGAUUAUGAUAAUCACGCACUUUAUAAACAUGGAAAGACAGGUCGAAAACAAUCUCCUGUGCGUAUUUUCACCAAUAUCCCACCCAGCAAAAUAAUCCUUCCUAGUGAAGAAGGGUACAGAUUUUGCCCUUUAUGUCAACGAUAUGUUUCCCUAGAGAAUCAACACUGUGAGCACUGUAAUUCUUGCACAUCCAAGGAUGGCAGGAAGUGGAACCAUUGCUUUCUCUGCAAAAAGUGUGUAAAACCUUCCUGGAUCCACUGUAACCUUUGCGGUCACUGUGCUCUUCCAGAUCAUUCCUGCGGGGCCCCUAAAGAUGGCUGCUUUAUUUGUGGUGAAUUAGAUCAUAAACGUAGUACUUGUCCUCAGAUCACUGCAUCUAAGAAAGUGAUCAAAGCUGUCAGAAAGCAGAAGCAAAGAAAAAGUAAGAAGACGAAAAUGGAGACCGUUAAAGAGCAAUCCAUGAAUCACACAUCUGUUACAAGGAAGAAGAAAAGGAGAGAAAGAGCCCAUCAAUAUCUUUGCUCUUAAAUGUCCAGUGACUUGAGAAUAAGAAAGAUUUAUAGUCCAACCUUUGAUGCCAUUUUCUGAAAGUGCCACACUGGACUUAAAUUCUGUCGCUUUCAAAGGUAUGCGCCUUUUGAAGCCAGAAAAUAGGCAGGUGGCAUUUGUUGGUGUCUGGGCCCCUCAGCAGCCUCUCUGGAGACCUGGGGAGUUGUCCCAUCCUUAGCUGGUUUGCCAGACCUCUCCGUGUGCCUUCUUUCACUCUCCAAAUCUGUCCCAGUCGUAUCAUUUUGGCCUCUUUUGAACAAUGGGCAUAUAGCAUUCUUUUGCAGAAAGUGUCAGAAGAGGAAUGAAAGGGGAGACUUGAGGUCUUGUUCAUAUUGAACACGAGUGUGUUAAAUUAGACACAGGAAUGUUGUAAGUCAAACAUCAAAAUACUGUAUGAUGGAUUAAACCCCACUUGCAAAGAAAGGCACAAUGAGCAAUUAUUCGGGGACAAAAACUGAAGAUGAUGGGAAGAAUUUUGAUGAGGAUAGUCUAAAGAUAUCAAGAGUAUCAUCAUGGCUUUAUGAUUAAAUAUGGGUUUUUCAAGUACUUUUUACAGUGUCCUUUGAUGGUAUAGAGUCACUUAACUGUUGUGGAAUGAAUGAGACAUUUAGAAUUAUGACUUGCUCUGUCAUCUCAGUAUCUUUUAAACCAGGCAGUAAUUUUAUUUCUUUAAAAAAAUUUUUUUUAAUGUUUAUUCAUUUUUGAGAGACACAGAGAGAGCAUGAGUGGGGGAGGGACAGAGAGAGAGGGAGACACAGACUCUAAAGCAGGCUCCAGGGUUGGAGGUGUCAGCGCAGAGCCCGAUGUGGGGCUUGAACUCACGAAUCGUGAGAUCAUGACCUGAGCUGAAGUCGGAUGCUUAACUGACUGAGCCACCCAGGUGCCCCAGUAACUUUAUUUCUUUGUAAAAGUAGUAGCAGAAGGCAGCAUAGUUUGGGGAUUAAAACCUCUCAUUCUUGUCCUGAUGAACACUUCCUGACUAUAUGUCCUUGGCCAGGUCAUUCACUCGUACCCGUUUCUUCAUUAUUAUUAUCAUAUAAUUACUACAUUAUGUAAUAAUAGUUAUACCACAGGCUGUUUUCUGUGAUUAUGUUAAAUGAGGCACAUGUGUCUGGCUCUCGUUCUGUUGGUGAGAAAUGUUAAGUGCAGAUGGCUGGGGUUGCAGCCCUAAUGGUAAUCAUCUGGUGGUCCAGUAUCAGCAGUGAAGGGACUGGGUUUGAAUUCUGAGAACAAACAGUUCCUCUCCCUAUUUCUCUCUAGGUAUCUGACAUGAUCUCCUUAAGAUCCCAUAGUUUUGAAUGGCUUGCAUUUGCAUAAUGACUUUUCUCCUAUUCCCAAAUAGUUGCUUUAGAGCAGGUUUGGAGGCAUGCUUGCUUGGGCUUAGCUAGAGCCCUGUGAGUAAAGGUACAAGAGCUGCACCCCAUCUGGCAUGGAAAUUCCUUCUGGUCUUUAAGGUAGGGCUGUUGGAUGCGUGAUGUGGAAGGCACAGCGUGGGCCCUGAUCAGCUGAUGGGGGUGUAUAUCCGGCCACAUCAAAAGAUGAGCUAAGUAAGCCCCUGGACUUAACAUGCAUCAGAAAACUCUUCCCUUGUCCCCUUUUUCCACGGAGGUUGCUAUGGUGGUCAGAGGGGUGGAUUUAGAGGUGACGGGGUCAGAUGUGAACCUUUUGCCGAGUCAUUAGGAGUGUUCCCUUCUCUGAUUCAGCCAUGGGCGUGAACAUUGCCUGACUUUCACGGUGGCCCCUGAUACCAUGCUAAAAUCUCUGGAAAUCUCCUUGGAAACGCAGACACCUGAGGGACCACGAUUCUUCAAGAAUCAGGUCCUGCUGGCCAGGAGUUAUUAUCAUCACCCCAUUUCCUUAGUUUUAAGGUACCAUCAAUUGUAAAAUGCACUAUUGAUGGGAUUGUUAACUUUUCAGGGGGAGAAACCCCAUAGCUUAUUAAUUGUGCAUGUUAAAUUUUAGGUAUAUCCUGUUUCAGAAAUAUUGACAUGUGAAAAACACAUCUUAGAAUUGAGGAAAUCGGGUAUUACUUACAGUCAGGAAUUAUGUACUUUAAAACUUGAACUUCUUAGGAAGUUAAAAAUAAGAAAUCCGGUGAUUCUGUUCUUCUGUUCAAUUAAUACUAAUUUUAAGGACUAACCGCUUCUUUCUUUUCUCAGGGAAUAAACUAAUAGGAUGUAAAAAUGUCUCUGGGAGGUAAAGUGUGAUGGGAGAUGAGGUCAUUUGUUCUAAUUAGAAAUCUGCAUAUCUGAACAUUAAGAUACCUACCCAAAUCACCAAUAGAGGAAAAUCCCUAAAUCUGACACAGAGCUUUUUAAAAGGAUGUUUUUCUUAAAUUAUUACAGCUAAAUUUAAUUCCACUUCUUGCUUCUAUUACAAAAUUUAAUGACAGCCAGAGUCACUUUGUAGGCCCUGAAUGAUCGGAUUUCAGGUUUUUUUCUUACAUUUAGUUUGAUAUUUAGACUCAUUUAUUUCUCCAAUCAGCCCCACUGUUUUCAUCUCAUUCCCUUUGCUCUGUUGGGACUAUAUCCCUCCAUAUGGCCCAGUCCCACUGUCUCCCGGGAGGUGUUCUAGGAGUCCCCCUACCAACCGCUACCUUCCUCUCUGAACACUUGGGAGUUCUGCAGCCACACCUGAGGCACUUUUCAUGUAUUGUUCUGCCAUUAUAGGUACAGAUUCUAUUUCCCCAAAAGACUGCGGUUUCUUCAUGUCAUUACCCAUUUUAUACCAUCUUCUGUAGGUGCUCAAAAAAUUUGAUGAAGGCAUGGAAUUUUCUAGAAGUUUUCAGAUGGUGGGUGUGUUACUUUGCUAAGGCUGCCAUAACAAAAUAUCACAGACUGGGCGGCCUAAAUGACAAUCAUUUAUUUUCUCACAGUUCUGGAGGCUGGAGGUCCAAGGUCCAGGUGUUGGCAAGUUUGGAUUUCUGAUGCCUGUCUCCUGAACUUACCUUCUUGCCGUGUCCUCUCACAGCCUUUCUUCUAGGCUUGUGAGUCCCUGGUAUCUCUUUGUGUCCAAAUUUCCUCUUCUUCUAAGGAUAUGAGUCAGGUUGGAUUCGGGCCCACAAUAAUGGCCUCUCCUUCUUAAGGGCCCGAUCUCCAAAUAUAGUGCCAUUCUGAAGUACUGGGGGCUAGAUUUAGAAGGUAUGAUUCAGUCCCUAACGGUGGGCCUGCCUAAGAUCUGGAGAGGGCUUGGUCUUCUGUCCUAUAAGGACUCAAACAAGGAAGACACACCUGAACAAUAUUGGGAAGUAUUUAGAGUCAGUGCGAAGACUGUCCUGACACUGAGGGUUUAGAUGUAUGUUUUGGGUUGGGAUGUGCUCUGUGAGCAAGAUUGGCAGCCUUAUCUAGACGGCUUUACACAUAGAAUAAUUCAGCUUUCAAAAAAAUAAGAAAAAAAAAAAGACAGAAGAAGAAGAAUUCAGCUUUGAAGGUGAUUUUAAGGAAAACACUUAAGUUGACGUCUGGCUCCUUCAAAGUGAUCUAUAAAAUAGUAGGCAUCUACAGGAAGUUUAACUAAUUUUUAAAUAUAAAAUCAUAGCCCACAAAAGAUCCUGGUCUGGUGCUACCUCCUUUUCACAACGGCCUUGCUGGUGUCUCCAGUGGAAUAGUAUAUCUCUUGCCAGUGAAAUAAAAAUGUGCAUGUGUGUGUGUC